GAGAUGACUUCCAAGGAGGACGGCAAGGCGGCGCCGGGGGAGGAGCGGCGGCGCAGCCCUCUGGACCACCUGCCGCCGCCUGCCAACUCCAACAAGCCGCUGACGCCGUUCAGCAUCGAGGACAUCCUCAACAAGCCGUCCGUGCGGAGAAGUUACUCGCUGUGUGGGGCGGCGCACCUGCUGGCGGCCGCGGACAAGCACGCGCCGGGCGGCUUGCCCCUGGCGGGCCGCGCUCUGCUCUCGCAGACCUCGCCGCUGUGCGCCUUGGAGGAGCUCGCCAGCAAGACCUUUAAGGGGCUGGAGGUCAGCGUCCUGCAGGCAGCCGAAGGCCGCGAUGGGAUGACCAUCUUUGGGCAGAGGCAGACGCCCAAGAAACGGCGAAAAUCACGCACGGCCUUCACCAACCAUCAGAUAUACGAAUUGGAGAAACGCUUUCUAUACCAGAAGUACCUGUCCCCUGCAGACCGCGACCAAAUUGCGCAGCAGCUGGGCCUCACCAACGCACAGGUCAUCACCUGGUUCCAGAAUCGGCGCGCCAAGCUCAAGCGGGAUCUGGAGGAGAUGAAGGCCGACGUGGAGUCUGCCAAGAAACUGGGCCCCAGCGGGCAGAUGGACAUCGUGGCACUGGCGGAACUCGAGCAGAACUCGGAGGCUUCGGGCGGCGGCGGCGGCGGCGGCGGCGGUGGCUGCGGCAGAGCCAAGUCUAGGCCGGGUUCUCCGGCGCUCCCCCCAGGCGCCCCGCAGGCCCCAGGCGGUGGGCCCUUGCAGCUCUCUCCCGCCUCUCCGCUCACGGACCAGCGGGCCAGCAGCCAGGACUGCUCAGAGGAUGAGGAAGACGAAGAGAUCGACGUGGACGAUUGAGCUGCACCCUGGACCUCCUGCCGCCUGGGCCCCCGGUGCCCGCAUGCCCGCCGCCUCCCGGACCGGACCGCUAAGGGGAGCUGGGACCUCCUCUGCACCUCCCGCCUCCACCCUUGUCCCGGGGCCGGACUUGGCCCCUGACAGUCGCCUCUUCCCUCUCGAAGCAAUAAAUCCGGGCCGGCCGGCGGGGCCGGCCGUCACACGCGGCCUCCGCCGCCCCGGAAGCCCUCGCCGUGCAAUUCUGUAUGGCUUCUGUAUAAAUAUUUAAGCCUAUAUAGUGGGUUCCUUCCACUACAGCCUGAU